ACCGGCGUGUCCGACGUUUGAUGGAGAAGGAGAACAGCAAGAAGAGAGCGAUUGCUAGGAGGAAGUACCAAGAUGACGUACGUGCACUGGUCGACUUCUGCCGAAGGAGGGACCGCCGUGUGAUCCGCUACAAGCUCAAGCUCGCCAAGGACAAAGAAGAGAGGGAGAAGCGACACCAGGAGGAAGCACUCAAUCAAAAAGAGGACAUGAAGCGCCGGAAGCAGGAGUGGGCCAGAGCUAAGCAGGAGGAGGAAGAGGCCGAGGAGGAGGCGAGGGCGAGAGCGGGAGGAGACAAGGCUUUUCGUUUGGAUGAUGAAGAUGACGACGAUGACGAUGAGGAUGACGGGACCGGCAGUGAACCGGAAGAGGAAGAUCGCCACCACAAGAGGAAUGCCAAGCGGUACGAGGGCGGUUCGAUUGAGUUCGACUGGCGAGCAGGCCGAGGUGGCAAAGGAAGAGGUGGUAACGAGCAAGAGGGGACUGUGUUCGUCUGCGCGGUGUGCAAGAAGGACUUCAAAUCCAAGGGACAGAUGUUGAACCACGAGACCUCCAAAGCACACAAGAAGAAGCUCAAGGAACUCGACGCGGAAAUGCUACGAGAAGCGAUGGCGAAAACUGCAGGAAGAAAAGAGAUGGAAGGGGAAGACCACGACAACAGCAGUAGCACAUCGGAAGAUGGUAACAGCGAUGCCGAAGGGGUGGCAUCGUCAGAGGGAGAGGGAGACUUCUUCUUGGACUCGGCCAUGCGUGAUCUAGAUUUGGACGGCAGCAGCCACAGCCAAACAGCGACGGCGGAUCGGAAAAAGAGUGUUUCCCUUUCCGCAUCAGCUGGCUCUGAUAGCGACGAUGAAGAGACGAAGCCAGCAGGUAGCCGGAGCGGUGGGGAGGCGAAAAGGCAACCGCAAAACCGAGGUCGUGGCCUAUUUGAUUUCGGCAGCAGUAGCGACAGCAGCAGUGAGGAGAAUAGCAGCGGAAGCAGUAGCGACAGCGACAGCAGCGGGAGCGGCAGCAGUGGGAGCGAGAGUGGGAGCGGGAGUGACUCGGGUAGUGGUGACAAUGACGGAGACGACCCGAACUUGUUUGAGACUAUCGCAACGGCAUCAGAGGCUGCAAACCAAAUCGACCCGGACGGAGACAUGCGAACCGCCGCCGCAGUGGCCGCCUCUGCUGCGGCCUUGGCUGCUGCCAACGCAGCCACGGACAGGUUUCAUCUCAGCGGAGACUUGGGUAGCGCCGUGUCUGCAGCGACGUCGGCGGGCCUCUCUUGGUGGAAGAAACACAACGCUGAGGCAUCGGACGGAGAGGAAGACGCGGAGUUGAUGAGGGCUGGGGCAAGCGACGACAGCGAAGCCUGGACGAAGGGGAAACACCGAACAAAAAGCAAGGCCCAUCACGAUCACAAUCACAGUCCCGCAAAGGGCAAGCACGACCGGGAGCAUGCAGCCAAGAGAGCCCACGGGCACUCGAAGGCAGGCACGCAUGAAGGCGACCAAGGUCGGCGGAGGUAUGCUCGACAAGAGGACCACGACGACAGCGAACACCGGGGAAAGAAGGGCCACACAGCGAAGGGAAAACAAACCGGCCACGCUAGAGGGCGGGGUGCCCACCAUGGAAGCCCGGACGAGACGCGUAGCAGUAGCAGUAGGGCAAGAAGCGAUGAUGGUUCUGACCAUAGCCGCCGAGUGGAAGAGUUAGAGCCCGCCGGAAGGCGCCGACGGCGAAAGGCUGGAGUACACCACGCAAAGGCUGGUAACCUGCUCGGCAAGAACGGGACGGGGGGGGAUGCCGAUGACGCUGCCCCCGCCGGCGGGGGUAAAGGGGCUAGGAGACGUAAAAGGCAGGCGCUGAAGGCUGCCAAGGACGGGCACGGUAAGAAUGUAGGACAUGGCACGGCUGCUGACGGCGGCCCACGACGAGGAGGAGAGGAGGGCGGGUUGAGCUGCCGAGUGUGUGGGUCAAAUUUCCCUUCGCGUUCCAAACUGUUUGCACACGUCAAGGCCGAAGGACAUGCUGUGCUGAGUUGAAAAGGCGGCUCCGUGCUGGCCCCGAUGGCUGUGGGAUGGUUGUCGCGUUGUACAUAUGUAUUGCCUCGCACGCGCAUCGCUGUACAGUGGUGGUGUGUAGGCGUUUUGCCGAAGUGUUGUCAAUUUUAGAACAUUUUUCUUGUGAGAGCAGUGUAACAGCGGAUUGGUCGUGGUCAUGAUUGUUUCGGAGUGCUGUCGUGGAGAAGAUGAACAAGUGCCUGAGGCCCAGUUGCCACAUGAUUUGGCUUGUCAAAAUCCAGGAUAUCAACCAACGUCGGCUUGAAGGAGGACUUUUCUCGGUGCCAGGCAUGCGGGUGGCCCCAUCGGACUCAACACGCGCAACCGCGUUUUGGCCCUUCCGCGAGUUUAAAGAAAGGGGGGGAAGGCGAUCCUGUAAAGGGAAGUCUAGAGGGAUGAGAUCGCUUGUUCUCGCCGGCUUGUGAGGUUGUUAGAAGUCAAGUUCUGCGAUAGUUUGAGAGGAUCGCGGGCCUCGCGGAUGGGUUCUAA